UCCGCCCCCGGGCUCGUGCGCAGGCGCAGGAGCCGCCGGACGCCCUUGGCCCUGCGAACAGCUGGGCGGGUCACAGCUGGAGGACUGCGCAGGUGGUAACUAUGCCAGUCCAUAUGAAUAAAACGGACAUAUGUCUCAACUGUCAACAUGGCCAACCCUCUCAGAUAUGAAGUGUUGAAUCUUUACAAAAACCUGCUGUAUCUUGGGAAAGACUACCCCAAAGGGGCUGACUACUUUCGAACCCGACUCAAGGCAGCCUUCCUAAAAAACAAGGAAGUGAAGGAUCCCGAACAAAUCAAGCAACUGAUUGCCCGAGGGGAGUUUGUCAUUAAAGAAUUGGAGGCGUUGUACUUCCUCCGAAAAUACAGAGCUCUGAAACAACGUUACUAUGAAGACAGUUGACCGCCAAUCAGUCGUAAAAUCUGAAAGGCAUGUGUAGCCCAUAGGUUCAAUCCUUCAGGAUCAGCCUGUAAUAGCAAUAAUAAAAUCUGUUGAAUGACGUA